AUGGCCAACAUCGCUGAUAUCCGUGAGAAGAUAUUCGAAAACAAGGACGCGCAACGGAUUGUUAUCAAAUUACAUACAGAAAAGCUGGAUUCUCAAGACUACCGUGCCUCAGCAUACAAAAUUGUCAACGAAAUUUUUCCUAACUGGGAGCGCGACAAUCGAAUUCUUUUCCUCGCUAUUGAAAUAUGGGGGGACCGCACGUAUAUGGCCAUUGACGUCAAUAAUUACGACUACAAGUUUGAAACGGCACACAAAACCAAAACUAUCCUUCCAGUCUAUGUUCUUCGACAACAUAGAAAAAGGGGCUGGGCCAUUAUAAGAUGGCCUCAAGAAGAUAAACCUCUUGCUACAAAACUAGCCGAUCUUCAUAAUGUUAAUGGUUUUGCCGCAACACCUUUUCUUGAAAACUACAAUACACGAAUUGUACACGACCAACCCCGUGAGUUUCCUGUGGGUUCACCUUGA